GCCCAACACAACCACUAAGCCCGAGUGCACGGUGAACUCGUCUCUGCUACUCCCACCACUCCGCUCCAUGUGUGUGUGUGUGGUGUGGCUAGCUAGGUCUUGCCGCCGCCGCCCAAAUGAAAGAGAGCGUGGACGGCGGCCGCCGCCGCCGCCGCAGGCCCCAAACCCACGCGAGUGACGAGGCCGUCGGAGUGACCCGCCGCCAUCCCCAGCUUCACGCGAGCGAGGAGGGAGCCGGAGUGGCUCGCCGCCGCUCCCGUUCCCAGAUCCGCGCGACCAGCGAGGGCGCUGAAGUGAUCUGCCGCCGCGGAGUCUUCCCGGCAGCGCUGGCCUCGCCGAUUGAAGACGACGACCUCCUGAGGGAGAUCCUCCUCCGUCUUCCGCCGCAGCCCUCCUCGCUCGUCCGGGCCUCCGCGGUCUGCAAGCAGUGGCGGUGCGCGGCCACCGACCCCAAGUUCCUCCGCCGCUUCCACCUCCACCACCGGAAGCCGCCCCUCCUCGGCCUCUUCCACCGCCGCAAGGAUGAUAUCGUCUUCACCCCCAUCAUGGACCGACCCGACCGAAUCCCUCCAAGUCGGUUCGACCUGCAUCUCCUGGACAUCGACAGCCACACCAUGUGGAUGGUCGAACUGCUUGAUUGCCGCCACGGCCGCGUCCUUCUCAUGGACACACUGUGGGAUGAGGUCAUCAUGUGCGAACCUAUCACCGGCGAGCAGCGCCGCUUGACCGUUCCGCCAGAGUUCGUAAGGAAUCGCUUCACCGGGGCUGUGCUCUGUGCUGCCAUCGACCAUGACCACGUGCACGGAAGCUGCCACUUGAGCCCAUUCAACGUGGUGUUGAUCUCCGCUCUCGGAGGGAAUAAUCAACCUAUCGCGUGUGUUUACUCCUCGGAGACUGGUGAAUGGGGUGAUAUCAUUCCAUCAUCCGUUUCAUUUGAGCUUUUUUAUGACCAUACCCCUGGGUUGCUUGUUGGUAAUGCCCUUUACUGGUUGUUGGAUUCUAUAGGCCAUGAUAUACUUAAGUUUGAUUUGGAUAAGCAGAGCCUAGCUGUGAUUAGGGGGCCUCCUCUUACAAAUGAUUUUCGCCAUGGUAGUCAUUGCAUCAUCCAGGCUGGGGAUUGCGCCAUUGGGUUCGCCAUAUUGUCUUACCCUCACUUGCAAAUGUGGCAGAGGAAUAUCAAUUUUCAUGGUGUUGCCACAUGGGUGCUAUGGAAAACAAUUGACAUGCGUAUGAUUAUUGGGCUCCCUAAACAGAUUCAAGGAAAGAGGACACUUAUGAGACGUAUAUUGGGAUACCUUGAGGAUAGUGAUGAAAUACUUCUAUCUGUGGGCCGUGGUGCCUAUAAGGUUCAACUUAAGUCGAAGAAGUCUAAAAAACUUUGUGAAAACAGUUAUUUAACUCGCUAUCAUUCUUUCAACAGUUUCUAUCCUCCAGGAACAUCCAUUGCUGGCGGAUGUGAUGGAAAUGAUGCAUGCUACACAAGGUGAUUGUCUGGUUUGAUGUUCUAAUGUGCUAAAAUGGUAACAGGUGAAGAAGGGCUGCUGCAGAUGUUAGUUCUCACUGAGUUUGUGCAUUCCAUCAAUGUUGUCAGCAGUGUUUAUGUGUUAUCUAAAACAACUUACCGUGUCUUAGUCUAGCCAAGUCUCUAAUGCAGCAAGAUGCUUUUGAAUACCUGAUCCAGGGAAUUCAGCUUACUAGUAUUAUAUCAAGUCUCGGAUUUCGUCGUCUCUUGUUCUUGUUUGGUGUUUGUGCUUGGCAGCUCGUCUAUUGAGCCAUGAUAGUUUCAGUCCUGUGUAUCACCAAAUCUUGUUUGUUUGAGUGUGCUUGUUAGCUGCGGUUUGAAAAGCAUGUCUACUGUCUUGUCUUGAAAGUGAGUUUUGCUUUGCUGCUGCUUGUCCAACAUUACUUACCUUGUAAUGGUUCAUUUGAGCCAGAGCACUCAUCACUGACUCAGCUAUUUGGUGCUGAAGAUACUCGAAAUCGCAGGAACUGGACAGCUGAAACUGCUGCGAGUAGCUUCCUUGUUGGCAAGUGGAAUUAAACCUGUAGGUGUGUGCUUUUACAGUUUGAUUGAGAAACUCAUAUUUUCCUGUAGAUUGGGAAGGAUGUCGAGUACCUCCUGGUGGCAAAGCUUUCUGCAGCAGUUUAGUAUUGUUCCCAAAUUGUUCAGAUCCGAAGUGUGUAAUGGAGAAAGGAAAUGGUUGAUAAAACCAAGAGGCACAGACAGAGAUGUGCUGCAUCAGAGUACUUCUCUAGAUUGGUGCGCUGGAAAUGUUCAACGAUCUAUGAUCGACUGCAUUGAUCAAAAAGAAGAGAAAAAAAAACAGGUUUGAGCAUAAACAGAAGCAUGUCUGCCUGUCGUUGAAGAAACCAUGUGCACUGCAACGAUCAACCUGCCUUUUGUUUGAAGUACACUGCUGUUUUGUUUGAGGUACACUGCUGCAUGCACUAGUCUUUUGCAUGGGCCAUAAACCAGAUGCCUCCUACUCGCGGUUUCUAACACAAGCAUGCCAUAGCUGUAACCAUCUGACUAGUGUGAUAUUGUUCCAAAGUUCAGAGAACAUAGUGCUGGAUCUUGGGCUGCAAUGCAAUGCAGCCCACCCUUCCUGUAGCUGCAGUCAGUGAUUAUGAUGAUGCUUUCAUCCCUUGCACACAGCUUUGCAAGCGCAAAUUCCUAAAUAUGCUGAUUGGAAGAAUUAUAGCAAAGCCCUCUAGCUGUCAAAUGGAACAAACAAAGGGCUUCAUUUGUUUAGCAUUUUACAUUUGGCUGUCAACCGAAAAAAUAUAUAUCAUAUUUAUUUAGCUUUUAAAAUUUUAAUAAUGGUUUGAAAGCCAUAUUGUUCCAUCUUUUGAGGGAACCGAUCCAUCUUCCAAAACUUAAGAAUUUGAUUCAUUUGGCACUAGCCCCUCUGCCCUCUGGACACUAUUGUACAACCGAUCUCUCUCAUUGUGCAGGAAAAAUUGUUCAAAAAACUAUGAGUUUGAGCACUCUUCACAAAGUGAGUCAUUCUGCUGAAACAUAAGCUGUAUUACUGCAUAAAUGUGUGCAUAGUCUAUUUUUGCCCUCUUCUACAGAAAAGGAAAUUCAGUUAGAUCUGCAUGAUGGCCACUCCAGAUAAAAUUGGAGUAUUAUGUAGGAACUGUGAAGCAACAAAGGAUGUUCAUGCCUUUCCGAACCUAGUGGAUUAUUGAUAGUAAAAAUUGCAUUUGUUGAUACUAAACAUUUGGGGGUUGUUUGGAUAGCGAAUAUUAGCGAUGGAUUUGUACAGAACGAGUUUGUAGCUGGUUUUUAGCAAAACCAGUUUUACCCCUUUUUUAUGGAAUGAUCAGUUUAAAGAAAAUCAUGUUUGGGGUUAGGAAAGUGCAAAUCUAGUUCUUCCUGUUCCAUGUUUGGUUACGGACGGGGCCUAUUCCAUUGCCUCGUAAUAUUCUCUGCACUUUUUUUCUUUUCGUCCUUUGAUUGACAAUUCCCAAGGCACAGCUGUCAAUUCCUUGUCGCCGAUGCAUCAUGCAGCCACCCCAACUCGGCGGAUCGCUCCCCAUGUCUACUGCUCGCCUCCCAUCAGGCCUCCAUGAUUCGGCACGCAGACGCCAAAGCUUCCUCUCAACGCGACUACCUACCGCCAUUCUUUGGUCUUCCUACGAGCUCUGCCCGACGAGACGAGGUCGGCCUGCAGGCGUGUAGCCCCUCGACACCGGCAGCGGAGAGUUCAUGCGAGUGCUUGAUGCGGUUGGCGGUGACGCCCUCGGCGGUAAGCCACACGGCGGAGCUAGUGUUGUGGCUGGAGGUCGGCGAAUCACAGGAACGCCAUAUCGGCAUGCUUUCCACGCAGUCGUGACAAGGAGGACAGGGAGGACGAGCGUGAGGAGAAACGAACGAAGAAGAGAAACUGUAUGGGAUCGGGUAUAUGUAAAUCGCGUUUUUGGAAAAACGACUAAUACUCGUUUUUCUAUAAACACAAAAUUCUGGGUUUUACGAGAACUGAGUUUCCUAUAACCACGGUUUGUUACAGCGGCCAAACAAGGUUUUAUCCUUUUACUGCUUAUCCAAACUUGGUGUUUAGUAGAUUGCACUUGUUGCUAAUAAGCACUUGUUUUGCUUUCAUAUGGCGCAUUUCUCUGCUUUCUUCGCAUGAUUUGGUGUUUAGUAGAAACAUGCUAUUAAUUUCAACAACGAUAGCUAGAAACAGAUUUGUGUUGAAGGGAGAAAUAAAAUUGAGUUAUUCAUCUGUUGUAGGGACUCAGCAGCUGCUUGGAAUCUGCUCAAGACCUGGACAUUUUACUGACGAAAAUGCCUUGUUCACCAUGGUUCUGUGGUUCCCGUGCAACAGAGAAGGAUGGCCAGAGCCUCGUUAAUAUCUCUGGAGUACGGAAGCAGCAGCAUUGAGUCUACAAUUGACUCUGGAUAUCGACAUGCACUGAACUACUCCACUGGCGUCACCAUCGACUUAGGUUAGCAGUUCAAGGCCAAAACGACCAGUUCAUGGCCAGGGACAAACAAAGAAUUUAUGAUUUCCAUGACCACAGUCUCUUGACUAGCCUAUCAUGCCGUGAUCUGUAGGGCACCAAUAUCUCAUUCACUGUAACCUAUCCUUGUGUUCUACAUGCAGCCAACAAAGGUGGCCAAAGCCUCGUUGUCUCGGUGCCGUGGCCAAUGUGGAAAGAAUAUAAUCCACACAUCUUAGUUUCCCUAGAGUACAUCCGAAAGCAGCAACUUGUAUUGGUCAUGAUCUAGACCUGUAGAAUCGAGGCCACUUUGGAAGAACUUGUAACCGAAUCGGCCAAAGAGGCUCGUGGCUCAGACGAUUGACUCACAUAUUACGCCGCAAGGAGCUGGUCAUUAAACCGGAUACUAGUCUACAGCUCCAGUAAGGACGAUCGAUCGUCAGUGGACAGUAGGACUCAUUCAAACUGACAUCGACAUGUACUGAAAGUAGCGGCGAAGACUACAGAUCAUUGACCCCGGUUGGCAGUUCAUGGCCAUGAGUAGUAGUAAUAGUUGCCUUACUCCUCCCACCAUACCCACACAACCAAAGGGGCAGAGAAAGAAGCUCCACUCAGAAAUCCAGCAAAUCACCCAUGCCAGGUCUGAUCUGGUUGUGUGUGCUCUUGAUCGUCUCUUUCCAUGAUGAUGGUGUUGCUGUUGCUGGCGUCGGGGAGUUCAUCUACAAUGGGUUCGCCGGCAGCAACCUCUGCCUCAACGGUGCAGCUUCCGUAACACGGGAGGGCGUCCUUACUCUCACGUCGAACAACUUCAACAUCCAGGGGCACGGCUUCUUUCCUGAAGCUGUUCCCCUGAUCGGUCCCCAUGGGAAGUCCAUGAGCUUCUCGACCACUUUCGUGUUCGCCAUCACGCCAUACCACUCUGGUCGUUCCGGCGAUGGGUUGGCAUUUGUUAUCUGCGCCGCCCCAGAUUUGUCCACUGCACUCCCGGGGCCAUACUUGGGCCUCGUCGAUCCAUACAACAAGUUCCCAGCUACAAACCCGUUCUUCGCCAUAGAGCUUGACACCGCCAAAGACCUAGAGUUCGAAGAUAUAGACAAUAACCAUGUCGCGGUUGAUCUCAAUAGCCUCAAGUCUGCCAGCUCUAGCACCGCGGGCUACUACAUCGACAUCGACGAUGACACGGAGGGUUAUGCUACUGAGGCAAGCUUCAAGGCGUUGAGGCUUUCUAAUGGAAAUCCGAUGCAGGUAUGGGUGGACUAUAACAGCUACAACGGCCAACUCGAUGUCGCGCUUGCUCCUGUCCCCAUGUCUAAGCCCAGUCUGCCGCUUUUGUCUUACUCCGGCUACUCUGUCAACCUUGCCAAGUUUUUGGGGUUUAACGACACAGUUCAUGUUGGCUUCUCCGCCGCGACGGGUGAUGAGCAUGGCGGCACUCAUCAGAUUCUUGGAUGGAGCUUCAGCAUGAGUGGACCGGCGAAACCACUUGACUACUCGUUGCUGCCACUAAAGCAAGAGAAGGAUUUCAAGAAAAAACUCAUCAAAUGGCUGCUUGCAUCUUCGUUCAUCAUACUGCUUGCAGGUAUAAUAAUAGCCUGUCUUCUUAUUCGACGGUGGCGCAAGACCAGACAUGAAGAGAGGACGGAUCAAGACUGGGAGGCUGAGCUCGGCCCCCGCCGCUUCGCAUACAAGGACCUCCGCAGGGCAACCCAUGGCUUCCAUGAAAUGCAGCUUCUCGGGAAAGGCGGCUUUGGGCAAGUCUAUAGAGGAGUCCUUGCCUCCUCAGGCAUAGACAUCGCGGUGAAGCGGGUCUCCUCAGAUUCAAGGCAGGGGCUGACAGAAUUCACGGCGGAGAUCAUCAUCCUUGGCCGCAUACGGCACCGGAACCUUGUCCGCCUGGUCGGCUAUUGCCGGCACAAGGACGAGCUUCUCCUGGUCUACGAGUACAUGCCCAAUGGCAGUCUGGAUAGCUACCUGCACGCCCAGACUAGCAGCCACGUGACGCUCUGCUGGCCUCAGAGGCUUCACAUCAUCAAAGGUGUCGCAUCCGGGCUUCUGUACCUCCACGAGGACUGGGAGCAGGUUGUCUUACACCGCGACAUCAAGGCCAGCAACAUCCUCCUUGACGGGGAGAUGAACGGCCGGCUGGGCGACUUCGGCCUUGCAAGGCUGCACGACCAUGGUGCUGACGCGCACACCACACAUGUGGCCGGCACAAGGGGCUACCUCGCCCCUGAAUUAACGAGGUUUGGCAAGGCGACCAAGGCCACUGAUGUGUACGCUUUCGGUGCUUUCAUUCUGGAAGUGACCUGCGGGAGGCGGCCGGUGGGGCUCAACGUCCGUGGCGAGCUUCUGGUGCUCGUCCAGUGGGUGAGAAACACGUGGGCGAGCUGCUCUGGCUUGAUUGUUGACACUGUGGAUCCGAGGCUGGAUGACUUCGUUACCAACGAGGCGGAGCUGGUGCUCAAGCUAGGGCUGUUGUGCUCGCACCCCUUACCUGCGGCGAGGCCCGGAAUGCGCCUCGUUAUGCACUACCUCGACGGGGACUUGCCUUUGCCUGAGUUCUCUCCCGGAUAUCUCAACAUUACAGAUGUCGAUCAGGUUCUUGACGAAGUGCCUCCCUCGGUGUCGAACACCAUUACAGGCCUGUCGGGUGGCAGAUGAAAUAUUUAGGCCGGCCAAGAAAAUGCUGGCGAAUCAAUGUAUCUGCUUGUGAUAUCCCCAGCGUCAGUAGAGCGCUUCCCAAUCUUGAGGAGUGACCUAGCAGUAAAUUAUAUUGUAGCCGCAAGUUACAGCACUAUACCGUAUGACCUGCACACAUUUUUUUUCUUUUUUUUGAGAAAAGGACCUGCACACAUUUGACAAAAAAAAAUCAUCAGUCAAAGGCUUGCACACACAUAGAGUUGAAAAGAAACCAAACAAGUGAUUGAAUAGGUCCCAAAA